GUACAAACAUAGGCGUAGACGCAGGAAAAUCCAACCCCCGUCCGCUCUCCCCAUUGGGCAUUGGCUCGCUCCCUCGCUCGCUGGCCUGCCUCCACCAGUCGUACUCUCCCUUUCUCUCUCCCUCUCUCCUCGACGCGCUUCACCCAUGGAGGCUGGAGAAAUCGGCGGCGCUCUCCUCUUCGCCCUCGCCGCCGCCGCCGCCCUCGCCGCCGCCAUCUCCUCCGGCGCCAUCGAUUUCCGCGCCCCACCCACCGUGGGCGCGCCGCUGGGCUUGCAGGAGGCGUUCUCGCUGUUCAUCCGCGUGUUCGAUGGCUCCAACAACUCCUCCUCCGGGGCGGCGGGGGAGGCGCACGAGCUGUGGGUGCGGGUGCGGGGCGGGGUGAUCGCGCCGGUGCUGCAGGUGGCCGUGUGGGCGUGCAUGGCGAUGUCGGUGAUGCUGGUGGUGGAGGCCGUGUACAACUGCGUCGUCAGCCUCGGCGUCAAGGCCAUCGGCUGGCGCCCCGAGUGGCGGUUCAAGUGGGAGCCCCUCGCCGGCGCCGCCGAUGCCGCCGACGAGGAGAAGGGGACCGGCGUCCACUACCCCAUGGUCCUGGUCCAGAUACCCAUGUACAAUGAGCUGGAGGUGUACAAGCUGUCGAUAAGGGCGGCAUGUGAGCUCGAGUGGCCGAGGGACAGGAUAAUUGUCCAAGUGCUGGAUGACUCCACCGAUCCGUUUAUCAAGAAUUUGGUGGGGCUUGAAUGCGAAAGCUGGGCGAGCAAGGGUGUGAACAUCAAGUAUACCACAAGAAGCAGCCGCAAGGGUUUUAAAGCAGGAGCCCUGAAGAAAGGAAUGGAAUGGGACUAUGCCAAGCAGUGUGAAUACGUUGCCAUAUUUGAUGCUGAUUUUCAGCCUGAACCAGACUUCCUUCUCAGAACAGUCCCGUUCUUCAUCCACAAUCCAGAAGUUGGUCUUGUUCAAGCUCGGUGGGCGUUUGUGAAUGACACCUCAAGCCUGUUGACAAGGGUACAAAAGAUGUUUUUCGAUUACCACUUCAAAGUUGAACAAGAAGCAGGAUCAGCAACCUUUGCCUUCUUCAGCUUCAAUGGAACUGCUGGAGUGUGGCGUACAGCAGCCAUCAAAGAGGCAGGAGGUUGGAAGGACCGCACUACAGUUGAAGACAUGGACUUGGCCGUUCGAGCAACCCUAAAGGGUUGGAAAUUUAUAUAUGUCGGUGACAUCAGAGUUAAGAGUGAGUUGCCGUCAACUUACAAGGCAUACUGUCGACAGCAAUUCCGGUGGUCUUGUGGUGGCGCAAAUUUGUUCCGGAAAAUAGCCAAAGAUAUUUUGGCUGCUAAAGAUGUAUCGCUCCUCAAGAAGUUCCAUAUGCUCUAUAGCUUCUUCUUGGUGCGCAGAGUUGUGGCCCCUACCGUCGCCUUUUUCCUCUACAAUAUCUUAGUUCCAAUAUCAGUCAUGAUUCCAGAACUAUUCCUACCAAUCUGGGGUGUUGCCUAUAUUCCCAUGGUACUUACAGUGGUCACAGCCAUAAGACAUCCAAAAAAUAUACACCUACUGCCAUUUUGGAUUUUGUUUGAGAGCGUGAUGACAAUGCAUCGCAUGAGAGCUGCAUUGGCUGGUCUAUUCGAAUUAUCAGAGUUUAACCAGUGGGUGGUGACAAAGAAGGUAGGGAACAGUUUUGAGGACAACGAAGUUCCCUUGCUUCAGAAGACCAAGAAAAGAUUAAUAGACAGGGUAAAUUUUCGUGAGAUUGGAUUUUCGGUGUUUCUUUUCUUCUGUGCAUCGUACAACCUUGUAUUCCAUGGGAAGACUAGCUACUAUUUUAAUCUCUAUCUACAAGGAUUAGCAUUUGUAUUGUUAGGGCUAAACUUCACUGGCACUUGCGCUUGCUGUCAAUGACAGCACCUGAACUGUAUGAAUUGCUGAUAGACGGGUUUUUUCUGAGUAUAAACGCUUCGAAGAUUUCAGUAGACGCUGUUACACUACAGAAGUUUCCAGUCCGGAUAAUACUUUCUUCAAACAAGUUAUAGCAAAUUGUUGGAUCAAA